AUGUCUAGCAGCACUGGAUGCGCUUAUUGCGGCGUGCAGGCAACAUCGACAUGUUCCAAAUGCAAGAAAACACGCUACUGCUCUGCACAACACCAACGCGCUGACUGGAGUGCACACAAACUCUACUGUAGUAAGAACGUCGCGACUGUCAAAGGCAUACUGUUUCCAACGGAUUCGAGCACCCCGCGCCUGGUCACCAUCGCCGCGAACAGAUUCGAGGAAAGCCCUAGCAUGCUAGCCGGGCUAUACGAAAACGGAGUGCCGCUUCUCAGACCUUAUUUGGGAGCCGGUGCCCACGACCGCCUCAUAUGCAAGAACGCGGGAGGACCGGAUGCCCCCUAUGUUGACCAAUGGCUUCAAGUCUGGAUACGGGAUAACUUCCUCAACGACGGUUCACCGGCCAAUCAAUGCGCGCGCGCUCUUGUGGGUCCCCAGCUCAAGCACGACUGGCGAGGGAACUUCGUAGUCCUGAAGAGCAGACAGAGCCACAGCGACAGGCCUACAUUCGUCGACGCUUCCCUCGCAGACCUCGAGACAUUGACGGGUUGGAUGCGUUGGUACGGGUUUGGCGCGCAGGCGCCUGAGCACAACGUCUACAUUACAUCGACGCCGGAGGGUCAAUAUAAGAUCACGUACGGCUCUGCAUCGGGUGCGCAUGGAGACCCGUUCAACGGGCAAGAGCCUACACACGUAGUGAAUCUCGGGAGAGACAACAAUGACAGCUGA